CGAGCCCCCGGCCCCCGCCGGCACUAUGCUGCCCUCGCAGGAGGCCUCGAAGCUGUACCACGAGCACUACAUGCGGAACUCGCGGGCCAUCGGAGUGCUCUGGGCCAUCUUCACCAUCUGCUUCGCCAUCAUCAACGUGGUGGUCUUCAUCCAGCCCUAUUGGGUGGGCGACAGCGUGAGCACUCCGAAACCCGGCUACUUCGGCCUCUUCCACUAUUGCGUGGGCAGUGGGCUGGCGGGCCGGGAGCUCACUUGCCGCGGCUCCUUCACCGACUUCAGCACCAUCCCGUCCGGGGCCUUCCAGGCGGCCGCCUUCUUUGUGCUGCUCUCCAUGGUGCUGAUCCUCGGCUGCAUCACCUGCUUCGCUCUCUUCUUCUUCUGCAACACGGCCACGGUCUACAAGAUUUGCGCGUGGAUGCAGCUGCUGGCAGCUCUCUGUCUGGUGCUGGGCUGCAUGAUCUUCCCUGACGGCUGGGACACCGAGAUGGUCAAGGAGAUGUGUGGGGAGAAGACGGGGAAGUAUUCUCUGGGCGACUGCUCUGUGCGCUGGGCCUACAUCCUAGCCAUCAUCGGCAUCCUCAACGCCCUCAUCCUCUCCUUCCUGGCUUUUGUGCUCGGCAACCGGCAGAAUGACCUGCUGCACGACGACCUCAAGACAGAAAGCAAAGAGAAUAUAACCGAGACGCUGCAGUUGGGUCCUGCCCUUGCCCACGGCACCGGACUGGACUCUUUCCUGCCUUUUUCUGCCAACACCGGUUCCGUGAUGCCCACCGCAAAGCCUCAGACUCCUUCAGCCUCACGGGGAUUUUGCCCACCUCGCUCUGAUGGCCCCUCACCCCGCUCUCCAAUCUGAUCUAGAUGACGCUGGACCCCAGGAGGGAGGGAGCACCACGCCCGGCCCCUGGCACUGCUGAUGCAACAGGAGCCGAUAAACUGCAGUUUGCUUUAAGGGGUAAAAAGACCAUUAAAGAUUUCUCCAUUUUGGAGACGCUCCAGAAUGGCCCCAGCCCCUUUGGACCCUGCACCCCGGGAAAGCCCAGGAGGUUUCUGAUUCUCUCUCUGCUCUCGUCCCACAUCUUCUUGGGCUGAGCCAGAGUGCCCGGACCCCAUUUGGGCCACCCCACAGACUGGGCCGCCUCCUGUCCUGCUCAACCCCCACGGGGGCCGCUCCACAGACUGGGCCAGACCUGGUUCCUCUCUGCUUCCUUUCCAGGAUCCCUCCUUCCCCUCCUCCCUUCCUCUUUCCCUUUCUCUCCCCUCACCCCUCCUUCCUUCCAACCCCGUCUUACCUUCCUCCCUUUUUCCUACACCCCCAUGGACAGGGCCAGUUUUGUAGAGCACAGAGUUCUCAGCUCCAUCUCCGGGCAGAGCCCUAUGGACAGAAACUGUCCUGUUUCUUUGAUACUUUUAUGUGUAAUUUGAUUUUGCAGGUCGCCUCUCAACAGGGUACUACUAACACCCCUCCCCCGCCCCCCUCCUCCCACCGGCCCCACUUCUCCUUUCCCCUGAAAUUCACCCAGGAGAUUCACCCGCCAUCGUUUCAUGCUUUAUAGCCAUGGUUCUGAGGAGCUGAGGGGGCCGAGGGCAUGGCAGACGAGCCCCCUCUCCUUAUGGAGAACUCGAAGGGGGAAAAGGGACCCGUGGCACGUGGCUUGGUAUGUGUCCCCACACUGAGGGAAAAUCCAAGUCGGGACUCCAGGCUUGGAGGUCUUGAGUGGCAAGCCACCUUACAGGAGUGGAGGGGGCAGAAAGAAGGGAAGGGAGGGAGAGAAACUUCCCUUUAGUUUCUUUGCCCGAUUCUCCUGGAUCAUCUCCUUCUGCUCAAGCAGGCUGAGGUAGGGUGGAGGAGAGAAAGAGGUGCCAGGCAGGUGUGGCUGCUAGGGACAGGGUUCUCUCUUUGCACCCAGUUGUUGACCUGGUCCAGGGUGUUCUGGGAAUGGUCCUGUGGUGCCCAGCAUGGGGGUCAUGGGAGCUACGCUGAGGAAUAUCCUUUUGUUCCCUUUCCUCUCCUACCCCCGAGAAACAUACACAAUUCCACUUCAAAUUAAAGUUGACUUUGGAUCUGACCAGCCGAAGUUACUAGAAUACCCUCCCCCCCCACCUCCUCCUCAAGACAUUGACAUAGCUCCUGUGCACCUCCCCCCCACCCCCCAGCAUCCAUCCUCCACCAACCUCAAGCCCCUUGUUCUCGUCCUGGAGCUGGCAGGGAUGGGGGUGAAAGCAUGUCCUGAGGGGGUGCACGGAGUCAGGUUACUUGGUAGAGUGAAUGGCUCAAAGAUCCUGGCCCUCUGGAGGCGGCUGGGGUCCAGAGAGCAGCAUCUCCCCUCUUCUCCCUCCAUGAAUGGGAGAAUUUUCCUCCUCAUGCUACCAGUCCCCUCUGUGGCCCAGCACUGUGCUCCCUCCCUCCCCACUUUCUCCAGAUUCCCCUGCUGGAAGCAACCCCCACCCAGCAACACUGUGUCCCAAUUAGAGGGAGGGUGGGCAGACCAAUCCCAGACCUUCUGCCACUAGAGGGGAAUUGACAAGCAGGACACGGGGAAGGGCUGGUCCCAGGGUAGCUGGGGUAGGAGAAUGAAAAGGGAGAGAAACCCGAAACUCCCUGUUGAGUUAGAAAGUCCACGUGGAAGGGAGAAAGACACAGACAGAGGGGGGUGAAGGAAGAGGGACACCCACCAGAAAGAUAUCUCCUCACACCCAGAGUGUACAGAGAAAGUGAGUCAGGGAGAAGAAUACAGAAAGGCACAAAGAGAGUGAGAGGGAAAAUAGGAAAGAAGAAAUGGUGGCUGAUAGAGGGAAGUAGAAAGAAAAAGUGAGGGACAGAGUGAGAGAGAAAAGAGAGGGAGAGAGACAGAGAGACACAGAGGGCCUGAGAGAGAGAGAGAGAGAGAGAGUUAUCCUUCACUAAGUGGGAUAGGGGAAGGCUCCCCCAAGGCUGAAAAAGUUGCCUUGUUUCUAUGAUAAACCAAUAACGACAAACAACUUGACCACGAGGAAGCAAUGACAAUUGCUUCCCUAGGGUUCAGGCACCAGGGAAGGCUCCUUGCUCUUGGGCCACUACAGAGCUUAGGCUCCCAAGGGGUGCUGGUUGGACAACUGGGAUCUCAGGGUGUCCUGGCUGGCCUGAGGUCAGGGGCUUUGUGGGAAUCUGGCCCAAAGAGGUUGGAGCAGGGGAGAAAAGAACAAAGUUCCCAUAAGACAAAGAGAUCCAGGAGCCUUCUAGAGGAACUCUAUCCAAGAGGCCAUCUCCUCAUAGAAGUGGGUCUGAAAGGAAGAAACCCAGCCCCCCAGGAAUAGGGGAAGAGCCAUGCUAGUAAAUUGCUCCCGAUUCUCAUCAGCUUCUCCCAGGAAAGAGAAAACAAAGUGGAAAGGGAAUGUAGAAGCCAGCAUCUUUUUGGGGGGAGGCAGUGGACGAUUUCAGAAUGUGCUCACCCUGAGUGGUCCAAGUGGCUGCAGAUGACAGCCUGGAGGCUGGGCAGGACCGAAUCCCGGUGUCUCCAACAAGAGCUCUGGAGUGGCCUUGGUGGUGCAGACUUGGGCGGAAGAUGUUUUGAGGGCAAGGACGUUCAGACUAGUGCACUUGGGAAGUGUAGUCUGCAGGCAAGAGGGGAGUGGAAAAUGCCACAGCAGUAGCAAAAUCAUCUGCCUGCUCCAAUUUGCUGGCCAAGACCUGUGCAAAUUUUAGCAGGCAGAAGAUUUAGCCACUACACUUCUGUGCCAUCCUCCUCUUGGUGGAGGCAAAGCUAAGGAUCCAGCUGGUCCAAUUAAACAACAGCUUGGUGGGGGUGCGGGGAAGUUCCUUAGUGGCACCCUUAGGUUCCCUAGUGGCACCCCCAGAUCACAGGGAAUGGGCAGGGAGGGGAUAGCUAAGCUGGAGACGGGCAUUUCAACAUAAGAUUAAAGUAACUCAUCAAAUUGAGACAAGAACCUUGUGCAGAAGAUGAAAGCAACUAAUCAAGUUGAGAAGCGAAUCUUCUAGGGAAGAUAAAAGCAAUGGGGUCCUAGGUUCAAUUCCAAGCCCCAUUGCAGGAAACAUUUCAAAGGACCAUGGAGGAAAUUUCUGGAAGGACUGGCUGGGAGGCAUUGGCAGGCUG